AUGGCUCUUCGUCGCCCAUUCACUCUCCCUCGGCAAGUGUUGCGACCGGCAACUCGCGCUUCCUUCAACUACUUUUACGAACAGAGACAGGGCCUUGCAACCGCAGUACCUCCGGUUACUCAAGAUGCGACCGGCUCCAAGGGCCCAACGGCCAUGGUCUUUCUCAACAUGGGCGGACCAUCGACAACUAGCGAGGUGGAAGACUUUCUGAGCAGGCUAUUCGCCGAUGGCGAUUUGAUCCCCCUGGGUCGACUACAGUCCUAUCUCGGACCAUUGAUUGCAAAGCGAAGAACACCCAAGAUUCAGAAGCAGUAUGCAGAGAUUGGCGGAGGGUCGCCGAUCAGAAAGUGGUCGGAAUACCAGUGUGAGGAGAUGUGCAAGCUGCUGGAUAAGAUCAGCCCAGAGACCGCCCCCCACAAGCCCUACGUUGCCUUCCGCUACGCUGCGCCGUUGACAGAGACGAUGUACGCGCAAUUGCUACAGGAUGGAUUCGGGAACGGAAAAGGUGGACGGGCGGUUGCCUUCUCGCAGUACCCGCAAUACUCUUGCUCGACUACGGGCAGCUCCUUGAAUGAGCUGUGGAAGUGGAGGAAUCGCCUGGAGGGACCACGGGCCAAUGGCGACGGGCAACCAGCUGGCGCCAUCCAGUGGAGCGUCAUUGACCGAUGGCCAACGCAUCCGGGUCUUGUUGAGGCGUUUGCGAAGAACAUCGAGGAUCAAUUAAAGACCUAUCCCGCGGACAAGCGAGACGGGGUGGUUCUGUUGUUCUCCGCCCACAGUCUGCCCAUGAGCGUGCUGUACUUCAACCUGGUGGCGGGGAUCCUGUCGGCGCUGGCCUGCCCCCGGUUGGGUCACCUCUCCGACCGCUACGGCCGGACGAGGCUGAUCGGGCUGAGCGCGCUGGCGACGGUGGUCGCGGAGGCGAUCACCAUCUUCGUGGCCGCGCAGCCGGACCUGGUCUCGGUGAACGUGCUGCUGGUGUCGGCCUUUGUGGACGGGCUGGGCGGCUCCUUCACGACGAUCAUGGCGCUGACCGCCUCCUACGCCUCGGACUGCACCGUCCCCGCCAAGCGCAGCGUCGCCUUCGGGUACCUGUACGGGGCGCUCUUCUCCGGCCUGGCCGCGGGCCCGUUGCUGGCGGCCAUCCUCAUCAAGCGCACCGGCCAGGUGCUCGACGUCUUCACCUCCUCGCUGGGACUGCACCUCCUCUUCCUCGUCACCAUCGUCGCUGUCGUCCCGGAAUCGCUCUCCCCGGCGCGCCAGGCAACCUACCGCGACCGCCACCGCAAACACCAGCACGACCAGCCGCCCGCGACCAUCUGGGCGACCCUCAACCCCAAACACCUCCUCACCCCACUCGCCGUCCUCUUCCCCCCGGUCGGGCGGCCCAGCGCCCUCUUCCCCAACCCGGGGGGCGCGACCCCGGCCCUCCGCCGCAACAUCAUCCUCCUGACAGCCCUCGACACGCUAGCCUUCGGCGUCGCCCUCGGCACCGCCCAGGUCAUCAUCAUGUACGCCGAGUACAACUUCGGCUGGGGCAACGUGGAGUCGAGCCUCUUCAUCUCCACCGUCAGCGUCAUCCGCGUCCUCAACCUCUUCGUCCUCUACCCGCUCAUCACCACCUUCUUCCUCGCAUCCCCCGAAGGCCCCCAUCCCCACACUCCCGACCGAAAGAUCCCCGGCUCCACCCCCGGCGAACUCACCCUCAUCCGCCUCUCCAUCCUCCUCGACACCCUCGGCAACAUCGGCUACGCCCUCGCCCCCAACGGCGCCUGCAUGACCCUCUCCGGCAUCACCAUGGCGCUGGGCGGCAUGGGCGUGCCCCUGUUACAGUCCUCGCUCACGAAACACGUGCCCCGCGCGGGUCUGGGCCAGAUCCUUGGGGCGAAAGGGUUGCUGCACGCCUUGGCCCGCAUCUUCGCGCCUACCGUGUGUAGUUUGAUCUACAGUGUGACGGUGGGGAGAUUUACCCCGGCGAUUUUUGUGUGUUUGGCGGUGGUUUUUGGGGGCGCCUUUGUGGGAAGUUGGGGGAUGAGGGCUUUUGUUGGUCUAGAUGAUUCUUCUCUACGGAGUCCCUCAUCUGCACAGUACACCGAAGAAGGAGGAGACGGAGGAGAACACGACACAAACACAAGCUCAACAGCACGCGGCGAGGAGGUCCGGCUAGCGGAUGAGCCGGUCCUGCCUUGA